AUGAUGAUGAUGAUGAAUAUGUCUCAGACAUCUCCUGUAGCACAUGGCACACCAGGAGAAACCACCUCAGGAGGAAGCUCAGGCCCUAGCUUGGAUAGUUUUAAUUUGUCUCCUGAGUCUUCAUUAGGGGCUAGAAACAGCUUAGAUGGCACUAAUAUUAACAAUGAGUUGACUUCAGAGAGUGUUCAGCAAAUUGUCAUAGAUGGUGAAAAUCUCUUAGAAGCAGGUGAACCAGGCAGCCUUAUAUAUAGCAACAGUUGUGAGAGUGGGGACUGUGAAAUAAAAAAGGCUUCAGGAGGAACAGUGCAGCGGACUUAUUCAGGACCUGUUAGGCGGCAGGUAGUGAAGACCAAGGAAGGUGGUAAAAGAACCUACGUGAUCUUAAACAAAGCUUCCCUAAAGACACUGCAAAAGAAGGGAGUCUGCCAGCAAGUGAAGAAAAAUACUGGGAAUGGGAAGCCCUCAAAUAGUUGGAGUAGUACAACAUACUCAAAGACAUACUUGGCACCCACUCAGCUGCAACAAAAUCAAGAAAAGAAAAAUGAUGAAUCCGCCUUAGGAGUCCUAGAUUCUGCUUGUCAAUUUUCAUUUCAAGAACUAGUAAACAGUAAGUUUACUGAAACAACUGAACAAUUCAGUCUAGCAGAUUCUUCUGUAGAGCCUGUACUGCCACUAGAUGUAUCACCAUUAUACAUACCACAGCAGGAUGAACCACUAUUAAAUGAACCACCUAUAGAUGAACCACCAUUAGACGAUCCACCACUAGAUGAACCACCACUAGACGAACCGCCACUAGAUGAACCACCACUAGACGAACCACCACUAGACGAACCACCACUAGACGAACCACCACUAGACAAACCACCACUAAACAAACCACCCCUAGACAAACCACCAUUAGAAGAGCCACCACUAGACAUACCACCAAUAGAUGUGCAGAUUCCACCCAAUCCUGUAAUAUCUCAAAGCUCAGAAACUCCUUACAGUUCUCACACAGCCUCAGUAGCCCUGGGCACACCAUCUUCUCAAGGAAACCAAAUCCCAGUUGUUGUUACAUGGUCAGGUACAAGUGUCACAGAUGCACAGUCAUUUUCCUUUACCAUCAAGUUGUCAGACCAAAUGGAUAAAUGUGCAAUUGUGCAAAACACCACUGCCAAAGGAUCUGCUUCAAAAGAAAUAGUACUCAAAGGUCCGCGUUCCUUGACAGAUCCAGCAGAAGGAUCAUGUAACAUGAACCAGCAGAUUACAAGCACUACUGCAGAUCAGCCUGAUCCUCAGAGUGAUAUUGGGGAGGGUUUAUGUGUUGAUGCAGGUCCAUCAUGCAGCACCACUUCAAAACUACAGUCCAGGUGGAAUCUCAGUCAGACCUCAGGACUUUGUUUUCCCUCAGAGGAUGAAGAGUUAUCCUGUGAUUCUCCACCACCUAUAGAUUCUUCAGAUCCUAUGGAAGUCUCAGAAGGUCCUAGUCAAAGCAGGAUGGAAACAGUAGAACUGCCAAAUAGAAUUCUGGGAAAUGAUUAUCCACUUAAUAAAGAGCAUAUAUGGAGAUACGACAUGGGAGGAAGUGAGAGCAACUUAGAUUCAGCAAAGAGUGUCCAGUGGGUUGCACUUCCAACAGAAUCUGUUACUAAGACAUAUAAUCACUCACUGUCUCCAAAAGGAACACCAAUCUCUGAGAGUACUAGUCAAGAUUUGACAAAUUUUUAUGAAACCGCUAAGCAAAGGCUGAUAAAUAGGUACAAACAGUUAUUAAAUAAGCAUCGGCAGCGAUAUUGCCAACUCCUCAGGAAAUAUAAGUCCCUAGAGAAGAAGUGCCACCUUUAUCAUUAUAUUGGUACUAGAGAACAGAUUGUAAGGGAUGCAAAGAAAUACUUAGCAGAAGAGCAUAUCCUAUUUUUAGAAAGCCAGAUGUUUUUAAGAAAUAGAACUGGAACAGGAAACAGAUUUUCAAAGAAGUUCAUAAGGUUUAUGAUGAGUCUUUAUGAACGAAGUUCAGCUGGUUAUAGGUUUCUGAGAACAAUAUUCACCAUCCCUUCCAUCAAAACCAUUCAUAAAUGGCAGAGUCGACCUUAUGACAUUCUAGAAGAGAGUCAGAAGGAUCCUCUUGAAAUAGUAGUAGAUACUCACGAGGUUGAGAUGAUGAGUAGUGAUAUAUCCAGUGAUACUGCACAUAGGCAAGAAAAUCUAACAGUUUCUUAUAGCAUGGAGGCCAUUCAGAGGGAGUUCUUUCCCACAACCAUGCACUUCAGAGGUGAAGAGGAGUCUGAGGAAGGGGAGUCAUCGUGUGAAAUCUCAGGCAGUUCGGAUUCAGAAAUAUUAGAUGAUGUUGAAUAUGGUGUAGGUGAUCAUGAGGAGGAGGAUAUGGAGGAGGAAGAAGAACUGGAAGAAAAUGCAGAGUUAAGUUAUGGAAAUUACACAUACCAGUGAUGAUAAUAAAGGAGGUAAAGAUAUAGUAACUUUAAGAUAAGACCUAUUCAUUUUUGUUGAUGAAGAUAUCUAUUUUAUUUUUCAUGUGUUGUUUUCUGUAAUAUAGAUGUUUAUCUAUUAAUAUUCAAGUGUGAUAUUAAAUUUAGACAAGCAAGUGCUCUUUAGGUGUGUAUACUUAGAUUUUUGUAUCUACAAUUUACAAAACUUUAUAUGAUAAACUUUUUUAUUUGUUUCCAAUGGGUAUUAAUUGUUUCAUUGUUUUUCAUCUGGUUAAAAAGACAUAGGAUGAGUAAUAUUUGUACGUUUUCAGUUAUGUAGCACAUAUAAUAUAGUAUAUAGGCCUAUUCUCCAUUAAUUAUUCUGGUCAUUAUACAGCUAAGGUACUAUUUGACAAUUAGUUGAAAGAGACUUAGUAAGCAUUCUUGUCAUU